AUGUCUUUCGUACCUUUUACUUUACAAACUCUGGUAAAUGACAUAGCUCUUGAUGACAGCCAACAGUUAAAUCCUCAAAACCAAGGAAAUGCAGGAAAUAGACUUGGGUCAAGAAUUGCAAAUGGGAUUGGAUGGGGAAAUAAUAAGGAUAGCAAAGUAACUGUCGAAUCUGUAGAAGCUUGGGAAAAUAAUUUAUACUUGGGCACUUCAGACGGUCAAUUUCUUCAUUAUUUAUAUGAUCAAAUAUCAUCCGAAGAUGUUUACACUACUCUGUCUUUUUAUUCUCUUCCUGAAAUGAAUCUUUUACCACCACAAAGUUUCCCUCCAAUAAAGGGUGUUACUUGUUAUUGUUAUGACAUUUCUAGAGAAGGGAAAACUGAUUCAGAUGGUGUUGUUAGAUUUUGUGCAAUUAAGAGAAGAAUGAUAUGUAUUUAUUCGUUAGGCGAUUGGUUGAGUGAAGAAAUGCAAAUACCAUUACCCGAUGGUGCAAUCACUGCUUGUCAAUAUGGCCCUUAUGUAUUUGCUGCUGAUCAUAAUCAAUAUAAGAUGAUUAAUUUGCACGAGAAACGUAUGAUACCUAUUCAGCAAUACACGAAUGGAAGCUCGGGUUCGAGUUCGGAGCUUAUCAAACAUUUCAAACCAAUAAUAACAAUUAUUUCUGAGAAUGAAUUUCUGCUAGCUUUACCCUCCUAUUCUGGUCAAUUUAUGUCAUUCGGUUGUGAACCACAACUUGUUCAACACGUUCCUUUAACACCACAAACUAAAACAAUAUCCGCUGGACCUGGAAUUAAAGUACGAAUUUCUGAUUUGAUGGAUAGGUUAAAAUUGGUGAAUGUAUUUUCGGAAAUUAAUAACGAUGGAGAGCAAUCUUCUCAAUCCGGAGGUGAUAUAGAAAAUGAUCAAUCCAGUCUUUUCUCUAACGUUCCCACACGGCUUAUAUUGGCUGGUAGUGAAAGUAUUAUGGCUUUAGUGACAACCCCUUUGGUCGUUCAGGUUGAUACGAUAUUGGACUCGAACCAUGUUGAACGUGUUGAAGAGGCUUUAGACUCUGCAAAUCAAGCGAUAAGUACUGCGAUUCCUGAAAAUGUUCAUAGUAAAAGAAUGCAUCAUGAAUUCAAUUAUAUCCAUCAAAAAUCUGGACUUAUCUAUUUUGGAGCGACAUAUUUUGACCCAGCUUUCGGGUUGUUUGAAAAAGGAAAAAUUGAUCCACGAAUUUUAAUUCGUCUAUUUACUGAUUUAAAAGAUAUAGUUUGUGAAGAUGAACCUGUUUAUAUUUAUUCUGGCGUUAAGACAAUUUUUGAUCGUUUAGGAAUUUCAAAAAGUCUUGAAAAAAUUUAUGAUCCACAGAUGGUGCCGGAUCUUAAUAAUAAUCCUGCUGCUCAGGAACUUCGUCAAACUCUUUUCUCAAAUUCAAAAGAAAUGAUACAAAAAUUUUUAAUGAAAGAUCGAGAACAACGUAGAACAACCGGACGGGCUUUAUCAAAGAAAGAUAAAGCUAUAUUACGAGUAAGAGCCGUAGAUAAUUCACUUCUUCGGUUAUAUAUAGAAAGUAAUUCUGAUGAUUUAUUAACAAGCUUAUUAGAGAGCGACAAUGAAUGCAUUUUAGAUCUUUGCGAAAAACCACUGAAAGACGCCAAAAAAAUUUAUCAUUUGGCCCUUCUUUAUAAAGAGAAAAAAGAAUAUGCUAAAGCUUUGGAAGUUUGGCAUAGCAUUAUUGAACAAGAAAAUCCUGAAAAUGAUUUAGCUGACGGCUUACAUCAUAUAGUAGAGUUACUUGGAAAAUGUGAUGAUCCAGACUUACUGUGGAAAUAUGCAAAAUGGGUAAUCCAAAAAGAUGAAAUUAUGGGCGCCAAGAUAUUCACUCAAAUGGAUCCAAAAAAACCCAUGAUUGUUGAACCUAGUAUAGUUUUAUCCGAAUUGAGGUCAGUCGGAAAAAGUGGCUUAAGGAUAUUUUUGGAGUAUUUGGUAACUCCACGUAAAAGUCAGGAAGAAUCAUAUCAUACGGAACUUGCACUUCUAUAUAUACAAGAAAUUAUGAAAGAAUUACUCAAUGAAGAAAUAAGGUUGAAAUUCGAAGAAACAAAUAAUCAAUUCAUGUGGUCGUCGGAAACUUCCGGGCUAACAUAUUUGACGUUCUUGAAUCAACAUGCUGACGAUUCAUUAUCAAAUGCUCGGGCUAAAUUUAUAAUUUUCCUUCAAACUUCAAAUAAAUUUAAUGCAGAAGAAAUUUUAGUGAAACUGAAAGAGGCUGAGAUAUUGAAAGCAGAACUUGCUGUUGUAUAUGGAAAGUUAGGUCAACAUGAAAACGCUUUACACGUUUUAAUUCAUGAUUUGAAGGAUUAUCGUGGUGCCGAAAUUUAUUGUCUUAAUGCGGGUCGUAUAAUUGGCAUAGCUCGCAAAACUUCUAAAAAACAUGUUGAAAAGAAAAUUGCUGAUGAGAAAACCCUCAUUUCAAGUAGAAAGGAUCUGUUUUUGACGUUGUUGAAAGUUUAUCUUAAUAUAUACAAGGAUACAGGUGAAUUGCUAGAAAAAAUCAUUCACUUAUUAAAUACACAAGCUGUGUAUAUGGAUAUUACGGUGGUUUUGAACCUUCUUCCUGAAUCUUGGUCAGUUGAGUUAUUGAAUGAGUUUUUGGUUCGUUCUCUAAGACAAACUUACCAUGAAUAUAGAGAAGAUCAAAUUCUUAAGGGGCUUUGUCUAGGUGAAAAAGUAAUGAUAGAGAUUGAAUUACAUAAAACUUAUCAAGAAAUCGGACCAUCUUGUAUUACACAGAAUGUUACAUGUUCAUUAUGUUCAAGACAUAUUAGUGGAUCUAGUUUCAAGAAGCUACUGAAUAAUGAUAUUGUACAUGAAAAUUGCAACAUUGAUCAAAACGAAAAUAUUGAUUCUGGUUAG